GCGUCGGACCUACCAGAUGACAUCGCCGUCAUUCCCACCCAACUAUCACCUCAAUCUUUGGCGACGAAACAUUCCCGAGCACCGCGUUGCGGCUCGCACUUAUUACAAUACCACUCGAAGUUAUCGUUGGCUCUAUCCCUUGACGACCUUUUAAUUGACGACUACGUAACGAGAGUCCUGCGUCGACUCAUACCCCGCCAACAACCCGGCUUAUCAAGUUCCGCGCGGGGCGAGAUAGGACAGCCGUGACGCAAGCCUACGGCCGCGUUCAGGUCCGAAACGAACCAGACGAUAGACGACUUUGACCUACGGAACGGGGCUCAUACACCACGUACACCAGGCGGGCGGCCGAGUUGGACUCUAUACAACCACGUUGGCCUUUACUUACACAACAAGCAAUUAAUCAUGUCGGGCGUAUGGGGAUGGUUUGGCGGAAACGCCGCGCAACGGCGAAAGGACACGCCCAAGAAUGCCAUCUUGGGGCUGCGAUCACAACUCGACAUGCUUCAGAAGCGUGAAAAGCACCUGCAAAAUCAGAUUUCCGAACAGGAUGCGAUCGCGAGGAAGAACAUUUCAACAAACAAGAAUGCCGCCAAGGCCGCGUUGAAGAGGAAGAAGACACAUGAGCACAGUCUUGACCAAACGCUCUCGCAGAUCGGCACCCUUGAGCAGCAGAUAAACGCUAUCGAGUCUGCAAACAUCAACAUGGAAACCCUCGAGGCCAUGAAGAAGGCAGGCAAGGCCAUGGAGGACAUACACGGAAAGCUUACGGUAGAGAAGGUCGAUGAGACCAUGGACAAGUUACGGGAGCAGAAUGCUCUCAGCGAGGAGAUUGUCAACGCCAUCACAAACAAUCAGCUCGGAAACGAGGCAAUCGACGAUGCCGACCUGGAGGAUGAGCUGGAAGCGAUGGAACAAGAGCAACUGGACGAGAAAAUUCUCAAGACGGGCACAGGGCCGGUAUCGGACGCAAUCCAGCGCUUACCAGCAGCUGCGAAUGGAGAACUCAAGGGAAAGGCAACCACCGUGGAAGAAGACGACGAGGAGGCAGAGCUCAGGAAAUUGCAGGCAGAGAUGGCCAUGUGACAUGCGAUAUCAAUCUCUCUGGGGUUCUCGUCCUCAAAGCCUCGGUGCAGCAGUCUGCAGAGGCAGACAUUCCAUGUCACUUCAUCUCGGUAUCUCAGUUCUUCGCGCAAUCGCUUCGUCUGCUUCGAUUUCAUUCGCCACAAUCACACCCACCCAUUCGUCUGGCAUCCUUGUCGGACACCGUACAUUUACCUAUUGGAAGUUUUUUUGCCCUGUUCACAGCUGAGGGAGUCUUGGAUCGGCGCCAUGGAGUUUUGCGACUAGACAGUAAUAUCAAGGGUUUUGCAUCCCGAACUGGUGAUUGCUAUGCGUUCGGUGGAAUAGUCCAGAUUCAUUCACAGGGCAGGUUGAACAAAGGAGGAUAAUUGAUGUCUUGGAAACCAC